AUGAAAACUUUCUCCGCGGUCGCUAUAUUCAUUCUGUUAUUCGUGAGUGAUGUGAACGCUGAGCGUGGGCGAUCCAAUCCGAGAGAACCAAUGGAACGACAACAACCUCGACUUGGUAGCAAAGCUGUACGGAAUCUUCUAUUUGCGAGUAAAGUAUGGUUGACGGCCGAUCAAGCCAGGAUGAUCAAUGAUUUGCAAACGCAAGGAGACGAUGGUGCGGUUGUACGUCAACUUACUGAGUACUACAGAAAUAUGGGAGAUAAAUCUCGAGCGUCCCUGCGAGUACAGUCAACGUGUCGUGCGAUUCUCUCAGACGAAGUUGGACAGGCGGCAGUGGACGAACUUAUCGCAAUGAAAGCUAAAAUUACACCAUCAUCAGAGCUCGUCACAAAAAUCAACUCAUUAUUUCGAGAUGUGAAGAAAUCUGAUGUUUCUGUUAUACAACCGUUAUGUGCAGCCGCAUACGAGGAUUCACAUGUACCAACGGCAAACGAUCAGCGGAGAGUACGACGAGGGAUUCCAGGAGCUGCAGCAGCAUAG